UAAAAUGCUAUCACUCCGUAGAUGAAAAACUUUUCAAGUUGAUGUAUUCACUACAUUUGGAAGCUGUACAGCCAUCAGCUUCUUAGCUGCUCUGCUUGCUGAUACUGAAGAAUCUAGGAUUUUUGACUAUUCAAAAUGAAUGAACAUCCUAAAAAGAGGAAAAGGAAGACUCUACAUCCUUCUCGAUAUUCAGAUUCUUCAGGUGCAAGCAAAUACAUAGACAACAGUGGAAUUUUUUCUGACCACUGCUAUAGCGUCUGUUCUAUGAAACAGCCAGAUAUAAAGUUUUUUGAAAACAGAGGUAGAUUCCACAGUCCCGUGCAGAGCCUAGACACAGAUGAUGACGGGAGUCCAGUGCACGCUGGGACUUCUCAGUGGAGUGGGUCACAUUCAAACGUUGUGGGGUUGCACUAUACAGACCCCAAAAAGAAGGAUAAAGAUAAAGGUACUAAUAAUGGAAUGUGCAGAGACUUAUGUGAUUCACCUAUAUUCGGUGACAGUCCUACAGAAGAAGAGAAACCUCUAGAUAUUCAAACUGUAGAAAUUUCUACGACAGAAGUGAAUGCUGUAGAAGUUCACGAUAUAGAAACACAAACUGUGUCACCUGAGAAGCUAGAAGCUGAGGACUUAGAGGAAAUCCCUCUAGAAACCUGUAAAAUCUUUGAGAAGAACCAGGCUUUGAAUAUCACAGCUCAACAGAAAUGGCCUUUGCUGAGAGCCAACAGCAGUGGCUUAUACAAGUGUGAGCUCUGUGACUUUAAUAGCAAGUACUUUUCUGAUUUAAAGCAGCACAUGAUCCUGAAGCAUAAGACGUGUACAGACACUCAUGUCUGUAAAGUUUGUAAAGAAAGCUUCUCCAGCAAAGUGCUGCUCAUUGAACAUGUAAAACUACAUGAGGAGGAUCCAUACAUCUGUAAAUACUGUGAUUACAAAACAGUGAUAUUUGAGAAUCUGAGUCAGCACAUAGCAGACACUCACUUCAAUGACCACCUUUAUUGGUGUGAGCAGUGCGAUAUGCAGUUCUCCUCGAGCAGCGAGUUGUACCUCCAUUUCCAGGAACACAGCUGUGACGAGCAGUAUUUGUGUCAGUUCUGCGAGCAUGAAACAAAUGAUCCAGAAGAUCUGCAUAGCCAUGUGGUGAACGAACAUGCAUGUCGAUUGAUAGAGUUAAGCGACAGCUAUAAUAACAAGGAGCGUGGACAGUACAGUCUCAUAAACAAAAUCAGUUUUGACAAAUGCAAAAAUUUCUUUGUAUGCCAAGUGUGUGGCUUUAGGAGCAGGCUGCAUACAAAUGUCAACAGGCACGUAGCGAUUGAACACACCAAAAUAUUCCCUCAUGUUUGUGAUGACUGUGGGAAGGGCUUUUCAGGUAUGUUGGAAUAUUGCAAGCAUUUAAGCUCUCAUUUAUCUGAAGGGAUUUAUUUGUGUCAAUACUGUGAAUAUUCAACAGGACAGAUUGAAGACCUUAAAACUCAUUUGGAUUUCAGGCAUUCAGCAGAGUUACCUCAUAAAUGUACUGAUUGUUUAAUGAGGUUUGGAAAUGAAAAAGAUCUUUUAAGUCAUCUUCAGAUACAUGAGACAGCUUGAUUACUUUCUUUCCCUGUAAUCAGUUUGUUAGAAUUGGAAUUAAUUUCCAGUCACUAAAAUGUGGUAUUAAAUACAAUUUUAACAGCAAUUAUACAAUUCUAAUGUUUUUCUCUUUAUAUCAGCAAAGCAUGUAUAACAACUUGGUGUUGUGAAUUUCCUUACCUAGGGGUUUCAAUAGGAAUAAUCACUUUAGUGUGAUGGAUCAGAUUUUGCGGGGAGGGACAGUGGGAGUAGUUGCACGUUGUAAUAGCAAUUCUGAUGGUCAUCCCGCACUUUAACAUCUAAUGUACAAGAGCAGCUCUCUCAAGUUUAAAAAGGGACAAAGAGAAAGCCAACAUCUAGUUCCAUGCUUAAGUAACAUCAUACUGAUCUCAACUGCAUAUCCAGCUCAUGUUAUCCUCUGUGGCAGCAGGUCAUUGUGCUGAUGUUUAGCAAAUUGCACCAGCCUGCCAAAGAUAAGGGUGUUCCAAAAAUUCCCAGGCAUGGAUGUCUCCAAAUUCACAUACCAGCCUGCACUUCCCACCUCAGACUCUUGAUAAGCUUUUAAAAUUGUCCUGUUUUUCUCUUGGGGUACCUAUCCGACCUCAUCGUUCGGUUUCUUUGUUCAGUGUUUAAUUUAAACUCCUGUCUGUGGGACUAUCCGACAACCCUCUCUUCCACUCAUGUACUGCAGAUCUCCCACACGAGUUUUGUCUGCUUUGUUUACCUUCAGUUCCUAUCUUUUAAUGCACCAAGUAGACACAUAUUGCUGGUGUGUAGAUUGGGUCAUGUUUUAUGGGGUAACUAAGGGAAUUUGCAAAGUGAUCCAGCUGAGAAUGUACAAAGAGUGCAAUUUUCAUAUCUAAAAUCCUAAUUUAGCUCUCACUGAAAUGAUGUAUGUCACCAACCUCAUUUAGAGCAAGCCUCUAUUAUUUUAUACUAUUAUAAUUCUGUAUAUUUAUAAUUAGCUUUCCACCGCUAAUAAUACGAGGACAGUUAUUUUAAUUCUGUAAAUUUUAAACUUCUCCUAUAUACUGGCUUAAAACAAUGAUACAGUACAAAAAUUUUAUUGACUCUAAUCACUUUCAAAUGAUUUCACACAUCUGUUGAGAUUAGAUAGUGCUGCCCUGCCAUUAUAAUCAUUAGAAGUGAAUCUUUAUAAUUCGUUCUGUAGCUGUAUUUCUGAGUGGAUACUUGGACAGAUAAAAAUAAGGGUGAGGUCAUUUAGAUUGUGCUUAUUAUCAGGGUGAAAUUACCCAUUGAAAUUACCCAUAAAUUAGUGGUGGAGUUUACAUUUCUUUCUGCAUCGAUUGUAAAUUUGUAAUGUAAGAUUGUCUAAUGCAAGCUUUGUAUAGAUAUAAUUAAUGUAUAAAACAUUUCUUGAUCAGUCAAGAUUUGGUGUUACCAGCUUCAAGGCGUGCAAGGGUCUUUGCAUUUGAUUUUUAAAGCUAAGGAUAAAAAUUGGCUGAAUAUAGUCAGUUUAUGGAAGUUCUAAUUUCUAGAGAAGUAUUUCUGGAAAGCCUGCUUAUGAACCAGUUAGCGUAUAUUUCUUUGUAGGAGGCAAGACCAUUUUUGUCAUUUUGAAAUGCUAAUUUACUACUAAAUCUUCUGUGUAGUCAUUGAAAAGCGCAACCUGAUGGUGUCCCGACUGUGUUUUAUUAGUCCGUUGUAUAGAGAAUGACAAUGUCUGUGGUAGAAUUGCCUAUUUCCUAUUUUGAACACAUUCAUCCUGGCUGGCUUAAAAUGGUACCAAUAAUAUAGUUAACAAAGCACUAAUAAGAAUUAUUUUAUAUAUGGAAAGUUAAUUUUGUUCAUAUGGGUAUAACAGAGGGGGGAAUGCUGGUUCUCUUAAAACCCUGCUCUUGGUGACGACACAGGUGGAAUGGCACAGUUGAGCUCUGGAGAGAAAGCCGCUCCAGGGAACAGUGACAAGAAGUAGAAAAAAGACAUUUAAAAAACCCCCAAAAAUAAAUAAGUGGGCUUAAGAAGCGUGUAUGUUUGUAUAGACCAGCAUUGUGCCCCGUACAGGAAAGGUGGUCUCUUGUAAAAGCACAGAGCCCUGUGAUACAGAAAACUUCCUUGUUGACUCCUGAAUAACUUCAUGUCUAUCUUCGAGUUGCAUUAUUUCUAAUCUCUAAACUGGGAACGAAAAGAAUACCCCAUAGGAAUGUUAUGAAGCCAAAUCAUUCCUAACUAAAAUGCACCCCACAGCGUCUAGUUAGGAAAUAUAUUCAAGUUUGUCUUAGGUUAGAUUUUCUAAGUAAGGGACUAAUGUUAGUAUUUUCUUUUUAAUACCUAUGAGAAAGUAAAUGGAAAUGUACAGGAGUAACUCAUCUCAUUUUACCUUAGCAGGAACACAAGUAGGAUAUUGGCUUCCACAUGAUCAGCAUGCUAAAACAAGAAAGAUACUGAGUAGUAGAAAAAAUAGGUAAUGAGUGGAGUCUGUCUAGAAGUUGGAAGGCCGAAAGGAAUGACUGUACAUGCCAAGGACAGUAUGUUUUUCCCAUCGAAGGGAAGACAAGAGUUUGGUUUAUUUAUGUGAAGCGUGUAAGUGGAAGGUCAGUGCCCUGACAUUGCUGCACGAGGUGAACUGAGAGCACAUGAAUGCAGCUGGUCCGAUACUGCCAGAGACUUCAGUCGUCUUUAACCCUAUAGCUUGAGCAAUUCAUCUCAGUCUUGAAUGAGAGAAAUUAACGAGUAAUCAGAAGUAUGCCAGUAUUUUUUUUCUGAGACACUCAGUAAGUGUAUCAAAUUCAGUUGUUUGUUACUCAUUACACUGAUAUCUGCAAGGUUCAUCUACUUCAGGAACAGCAUUCUAACUAGAAGCUAUACAAAAACAUGAGAUUGGUUUUGGAAGUAUUUUGUAUUUGGAAGUAAUUUGUAUUUGAUUCUCUGCUUCUCAGACUUCUGAGUCUUUAGGUUAGAUGUGUGUCAUGUAUUUCAGCUUCCCAGAUCAUGUUUUGUUACUGAACAAAGAACUUUUUUAUAUGAAAGAUUGUUGACUUCAAAACAAAAUUUAAAUCCCACCAAUUAUUGCAAGAACUUAAAAUACAGCAAAUUAGUAAUUCUCAAAUAACGUGUUCUCUAUAAUGCUUAUUAAGUGUCGUUGAUUUUCAUUGUUUGUGGUUGUUCUCAUUUUCUUAUGCUCUUGUAUCAAAUGUAUAAAUUAUCAGUGCUUUUUAACACUUGAAAGUACUUAGCGUUUGUCAUUUUAGCUGACUUUGAUUAAACCAUGGUGCUGACAGCAUGCAGAAAUCCAAA